AUGCCUUUAACUGGGGUCAAGAAUGUUGUGCUGGUUCUUUCCGGCAAAGGGGGUGUGGGCAAGUCCUCCGUCACACUCCAACUCGCCCUAGCGCUCUCGCUUCAAGGCAAAUCCGUUGGAAUUCUAGACAUCGACCUGACAGGACCCUCAAUGCCACGACUAGUUGGACUCGAAGAUGCAAAAAUCACACAAGCGCCAGGCGGGUGGAUGCCAGUACCAGUUCAUGGAGCUGAACCCGCAGCUGAAGUCGAAGCCUCGGCGUCCUCAACACAAUCCCAGCGCGGUUCCCUCCGUUGCAUGUCCCUGGGCUUCCUUCUGCGCGAUCGCGGCGACGCUGUCAUCUGGCGCGGACCAAAGAAAACUGCCAUGAUCCGCCAAUUCUUAUCAGAUGUCUUCUGGGGCCCAACGGAUUACCUACUGAUCGAUACACCGCCUGGCACCAGCGACGAGCACAUUGCGCUGGCUGAACAACUGCUCACACUCUCAACCACAGACGCUGCGGCGGCUGCGCAAACAGGGUUGCCUCGACUCGCUGGCGCUGUACUUGUCACAACGCCGCAGGCUGUGGCGACCUCGGAUGUGCGCAAGGAGGCGAACUUCUGCGUUAAGACUAACAUUCCCGUUCUCGGGGUUAUCGAAAAUAUGUCUGGCUAUUCCUGUCCCUGCUGCGGCGAGGUAAGCAACCUAUUCUCGAGCGGUGGUGGACAGGUUAUGGCGCAGGAAUUGAACCUUCCAUUCAUGGGAAGUGUGCCUAUUGAUGUGAAAUUCGGCGAAUUAGUUGAAGGAAAGAUGGAACCCGAGGACAGUGAUGAGGAAGGUGACGAUGAGACCGCAAAGAGUCAGCCACAGGAUACUCCUGCCGAGCCUGAUGACCGGCCGCUCGUUGAAAGAUAUCGGGACACUUGGUCAUACCCUCGAUUCCAAGGAUUUGCGCAGACCCUUGUAGGCGCCAUCGAGGGCCUGCCCGCCAGAUCCUAG